CUUUCCGUUAUUCCCGGAAGUGUUUGUGUUGGUUUGCUGCAAACAGGUUGCGCAGUGUGUUCAACACUAGCAUCACAGAUUCAAAGAGAGGUAUUUACAUUUUACCUUGGACUGAAACACCGUCUAAAUGUCUGGGGGAACCCGUUUGGAGAACGCAAACCCUGUGAUUUUCCAGCGGUCCGGGGAGAGACUGCUGACAGCGUCCGAUGAGGAUGAAGAUGUCCACGACCCCAUCGACGACAGAGAAAUAUUCGAUCUGAUCAGAUCCAUCAAUGACCCAGAACACCCCCUGUCUCUGGAGGAACUCAAUGUCGUGGAGCAAAUCCGAGUCAAAGUGAACGAUGCAGAGAGCACUGUGGGUAUUGAGUUCACACCCACGAUCCCUCACUGCAGCAUGGCGACGCUCAUCGGUCUGUCAAUCAAAGUCAAGCUGCUCCGCUCCCUGCCAGACAGGUUCAAAAUUGACGUCCACAUCACUCCAGGGACUCACGCCUCAGAGGAAGCAGUGAACAAACAGCUGGCAGACAAAGAGAGAGUGGCAGCAGCUCUGGAGAACUCCUCGCUACUAGAGGUGGUCAACCAGUGCCUGACCUCCAGGAGCAUCUGAGCAGCCAAUCAGCUUUGUCACGUUCUGCUUUCAGUCUCUGAUUUGUGCAGCAGAAUGCACCGAACAGCCAAUCAGCUUUGGCUCUUUCUUUGACAACUCAGAUGUAUCUGUCUGACCAACUAUCACUGAUCCAGAUGUGAAUAGCUGCAUCUGGUAGACACUGAUGCAGCAAAAAACAGGAUCAUACAGAGUUCCUGUUCCAGUGUUUCUUGUAGGGAAGUGUAGGGAAUCCCAGUUCAAAGAACAUAAAAUAAUCAUCAUGCAAACCGGUUUAUACAAAGCAGAGAAAUUAUUCUUCUACCUGUGAAUUUUAGGGUCAUCACUGUUACAAAGUUCAGGGUUUAUAUUAUGUAAUUUGUAUUGUAACUUAUGGAUUUAAUCAUUAUUAGAAUAAUAUUUGCCCUCAACGUCUUCUGAAAAUCUGCAGCAACAAUCGUCACCUGUAUAUAAUAUUAAUGCUUUUGAAAUUUUAGUAAAAGAUUGCAGAUCAGUAAUGAAAAUAAAAUGAUGAAGAUA